GUUGCUUAUCUUAUCUGUACUGUGCGCUAGUAUGAAUUUAAGUUGUCGUUCGCAGUAAAAUUACCAUUUAAGACUCGAGUGUUUUGUGGUUCUUAAAAACUCGUCGUGUUCAACUUAAAAGUUGAUGAAUGCAUUAGGAGGUUACUAAUACGGUCAGUCGUAUGUGAAAAAUUGUGUUAUGCAUAGUUAUUAAACGUUUAAGUGUUUCAAAAAAACCUACAUAACUAUACAUUUUUUACCAUAAAAUACCUGUCAUGGAUCGUAAUAAUUCAAAACCCGUACCGAGGGUAAGCACACCACCACCGCCGUAUGACGAAGGCCCAGGAAUUUAUCCAGGAAGUUUGAUGUACUCUAAUGAUCACCUGACGCAACAGCAACAUUUUACACCCGAGUUUAUAAUAAUAGAAUCAACUUUGGGUCCAAAACCAGUCCAUAUGUUUUGUCCGACGUGCCACAAUUAUAUAAUUACAGAAACCGAUGAAUCGCCGUCAAACGAAGCAUUCUUAUGUUGCAUGCUAAUAUUUAUUGUAGGGUGUACAUUAUGUUCAUGUCUACCGUUCUUUAUUAAAUCCUUCCAACAAGUUGACCACAGAUGUCCUCAGUGUGCGUCUUUCUUAGGAACGUAUAAGCCAUAAAAAUGACGAUACAUAUUAAAUGUAUGAACUAUGGUUAAUAACUCAACAUACAGCUAUUUCAAACAUAUUGAUAAUUUUUUGGUUCUAUCCCAACUUUCAAGUGUAUAGAACUUUAAGGUGUACAAUUAUUAGUUGCUUAUGGUAUUUGAAAAUUGAAAUAGAGAUGUUUAAAAUUAAAAAAAA